GAGAUACAGCAAGAUACCCAAUGCAGUAAAAGCUCUCGACGCGAGCGGAAGCCGGCGGCGCACAAUGCAGCAAUGAGGCGGUGGCGAGGAGGCGCCUCUCCCCUUAGCCGCCGCCGCCUGGCCGUAGGAGCGCCUUUCCCCUCCCUCACGCAAGCCGCCGGGUGAUCCUCGCUUCUCGCGGGCAGCUCGCCUUCCUCCUGCCGCCGCCUCCCCGCAAGAACCAGCCAUGCACGUCGCGGCUCCUCUGCUCUCCUUGGCGCUCUGGACCCUCGGAAUGCUCUCGGAAGCUCGCUCCGGCAGCGCAGGAGACACCUUGUUGACUGAGAUGGAGAGAAAGGCUGCGGAUCGCUUCAGGGAGAGACAGAAGAGCGUCCCUUUUCGGCUCCUCUAUAGCGCCAGCGAAGGCAACGAAACUCCUCACGACCUGCUCGACACUCGCAUCGGCCGCAGCUCUGCUGGGAAGCAGAUUGGGUAUGCGUUCCUUCUCUGUCUUCAUCCAAGUCAUUGCAAGUGCAGAGUCCAGAACUGAAGAUUGUAGCAGUCCAUUCCAGUUUGA